CCCCUUCCCACAGCCGGUCUCCUCCCCAGACACCUCACAUGGGGGCACUGUCAGGGGAGCCUGUGACCUCUCCUUUUCCUCCUCACUUAAGGCAGGGAGCUCCAGGAGAAGCACUUCAGAGCAGACGGGGCCCCCGAGAGCCUCCCGGACCCCAGGACACACGAAGAAGGAGGCGUCUGCAGCUGCUUUCCUGGAGCAGAGACAGGAUACUAGCUAAGAGUCUGGGCAAGCGGCUCUGCCCCAACUCCGUCACUUUCUAGUCUGUGAUCUCAGCCAGGCAUCUGCCUUCAGCACCAAGUUAUGGUUGUUUGCCUUGCAGAAUUAAUGAGAAAAUGCAGAUAGAGCAAGCGGAGGACUGCCUGUGCCUCAGCCGCUACCACCGCCAGCCUGUGGGUGCUGCUGCCAUUCCUGGCAUCGGGUGGCACCGGGAGGGCUCCUGACCCUUUCCAAACCCUCAGCCUGGGCCUCCUCUCCCAGGGCCCUCCUCCUGCACUGGCUUCUCUGGGCUGUAGGAGGAGACUGGGCCCUCGGGAGGAGGGCGGGGCCUCACUCCAGCCUUGCCAGGGCAGGCUCGUGGCAGAAGCCACGGAGCUGGCUUGCACCUGCAGGGCCACCUUCCCACUGCCCGCUUCCAUCCAGGCCUCUGUGCCACCCUGAGCACUCUUUUCUGAAGCAGCCAUGCCCAUGACAAAGAAUGCCAGGGACCACCAGGAAGCUGCCACCCUCACCCUGGAUGCUAUGCCACCUCCCCAAGGUACCAAGAAGCUGCAGAACAAGGGUUCCAGUUUCUCGGGUGGAAGCCCUUCAGAGGCCUUGGGUUUGGAGAAGACCAAGGGCAUAACAGGGUUCCAGACCUUGGUCCACCUGGUGAAAGGCAACAUGGGCACGGGCAUCCUGGGCUUACCCCUGGCCGUGAAGAAUGCAGGCAUCCUGAUGGGGCCACUCAGCCUGCUGGUGAUGGGCUUCGUCGCGGGCCACUGCAUGCACGUCCUGGUCAGGUGUGCCCAGCGCUUCUGCCGCAGGCUGAACAAGCCCUUCAUGGACUACGGGGAGACAGUGAUGCGCGCCCUAGAAGCCAGCCCCAGCGCCUGGCUGCAGACCCGCGCCCGCUGGGGGAGGCACCUCGUGAGCUUCUUCCUCGUCGUCACCCAGUUGGGCUUCUGCUGUGUGUACAUAGUGUUCCUGGCUGACAACCUGAAGCAGGUAGUAGAGGCUGCCAACGGCACCACCAACAACUGCCACAGCAACGAGACGGCGGUCCUGACGCCCACCAUGGACUCGCGCCUCUACAUGCUCGCCUUCCUGCCCGUCCUGGUGCUGCUGGUCCUCGUCCGGAACCUCCGGGUCCUGACGGGCUUCUCCCUGCUGGCCAACAUCAGCAUGCUGGUCAGCCUGCUCAUCACCGCGCAGCACAUCGCCCAGGGAAUUCCAGACCCCAGCCGGCUGCCGCUGGUGGCGAGCUGGAAGACCUACCCUCUCUUCUUCGGAACAGCCAUCUUUUCUUUCGAAAGCAUUGGCGUGGUUGUACCAGGCGGUAAAACUCCUCUACAUCGUCGGCAUCCUGUGCACCUACGCCCUGCAGUUCUAUGUCCCCGCAGAGAUCGUCAUCCCCCCGGCCACCUCCCGGGUGUCAGAGCGUUGGGCACUGCCCGUGGACCUGUCCAUCCGCCUCGCCAUGGUCUGCCUGACCUGCAUCCUGGCCGUCCUCAUCCCGCGCCUGGACCUGGUCCUCUCCCUGGUGGGCUCCGUGAGCAGCAGCGCCCUGGCCCUCAUCAUCCCACCACUCCUGGAGGUCACCACCUACUCCUCCGAGGGCCUCAGCCCACUCAUGCUCACCAAGGAUGUCCUCAUCAGCAUCCUGGGCUUCGUGGGCUUCGUGGCAGGGACGUACCAGGCCCUGGACGAGCUGAUGGGGUCAGGGGACUCGCUCCUGCCCUCCAAUUCCACCAUGGUUACCCAGUGAGAGUGGGCGGCUCCCCAGCCAACAUGUGGCUUCCGGUGACCUGGGUCUCUGUUAUAUAUGCCGUCUUGAUGUUGCUGUUUGCCUUUCCUCUGGGCACAGUAAAGCAAGCAAGGACUCGUUAGCUAAGUGAAUUUUUUUAAAUUGUGGUGUUGUUGUCUAUUCCUUGUUCUCACUUGCCAUUACACUGAGAACUCUCCCAUGGAGGGCUCUGGAUCCUCCCCAACUUUUGUCCAUGAUCCAUAGGGUGUGUCGCAUCUUGGUCGGCCUGUAAAAGGAGAAGCCACCAGGGGGCGCCAGGUGGCAGCAAAGAGGUGCGCUCCCAGGGGGACCAUCUUUGCAAGCAGCAGGCCUCCCCUUUUCCUGAUGGGUACAAGGACCUGACCCACAGUUUAGCAAGUUCUGCAAACUCCAGCGGCAGGCUGCAGGGGGCCACAAGGAGCUGCGGGAGCCCAGCGCUAGACCUGGCCUGGUUUGAACAGACUUCAUCUUGUCAUCCCUGCAGCUCUUGUUCUCCACACCUACUGUGUGCCAGGCACCAUGCUGGGUUCUGAUAGUAGGUUGGAGAGUGGCCCAUAAGUUGCCCUGGACAGUGUGACCACACCGCUCCUUCUGUCACGAGGCGAGGUGAAGUCCAGACUUGUGCCUCUUAGCUCUGACCUGCACCUUGUAGCUUGCUCCUGCCAAAUGAGACAGCAGUGAAUACGAAAGCCAGGGUUUGGUGGUGGCCUAUGCAGGGAGAUUCCCUGUUACCGCUCCGUGGAAGUGAAACCACCGUGUGAAAAGACCCGGGCCAGCCUGCUGGAGGACAGGAGACCUUGUGGAGUCUAAAUUUGUCAUCCCGUUGGAGUCCUGUAGCCCAGAACAACUCUCCUGUCAUGGUCCUGAGAGAAGCCGCCCUCGGCUAUCACCAGCUCCGGUAGACCUGAACCAAACCAAACCAACUGUGUGGGAGGGGGCGGGCGUGAAGCCGCAUGGUACUGGGUGUGCUCAGCAUGCGCAGGACUCGAAUUCAAUGCCCAGCGCCAAAAGAUGUGUGCAGAGAAAUCUCUAAAUCGAGAAGAAUAAAAGUUGUAGU